GUAGAGGUAGAGUGUAACCCGGGGGUAUGGAGACAACGCGGGACCGCACGGCCGGCUAGCGUGCCGGCGCUAGCGGAGCACGCCAACGACAUCCGCUUGGGUUCCAGCGGAUGAGUCGCUCGUCUUUAACCUUUCAUUGCAUCGAUAUACAAGCAAUUUCGGGAUUGGUAGAUUCGACGGAAGACAAAAGCAAGCCAGCAAUCGAACACAUAUCGGCAUCAAUUCUCCACAACCCAAUUCUUGGUACUUUACCGCGAAAAAAACACCAUUAGAACAUGAGCCCCGCAGCCUCAACCCCAUCCCGAGACCCGCGGCCGACGGUCCGUCUGGAUCAAGGAGCUUUCGUCGGCACCACGCUCUCUGAACCAGAGUUCCCGCGCGACGUGGAGGCGUUCCUCGGUGUGCCGUACGCAAAGUGCCAGCGUCUUCGUGUGCCGGAGGCGCCGGGCCAGUCGGGCGACUCGUUUGAUGCGGCCGAGUACGGACCCGUGUGUCCCACCGCGGAUCCGACGUACCCGGCGGAUGAAGAGGGGUGUUUGAACGCUAACAUCUUCCGUCCGGCGGGAGCGGUGGUGGAAGGGAAGAAAGUUCCGGUUUUGGUGUAUACACAUGGCGGAGCCUUCAACUUUGGGAGGGGAGGGGACAGGAACCUCGCGGCGUUUGUAUCGUUUUCGAAGCGCGAUGUGGUUGCCGUGAGCUUCAAUUACCGCCUCGGCCCGCUGGGGUUCCUCCCGUGCGGUGUUGCUGCCGGGGAAGGCAUCGCGAAUUUGGGGUUGAUGGAUCAGAGGGCGCUGCUCGAGUGGGUGCAGCGCAACAUUGGCAGGUUUGGCGGAGAUGAGGGGGAUGUCACGGUUAUGGGCUUCAGCGCCGGGGCGCAUUCGCUCGGCCACCACCUCCUCUCCCCGCCCUCGCGCCGCCUCUUCCACCGCGCCAUCCUCGAGUCCGGCGCCCCGACAGCCCGCUCCGUCCUCGCGGCCACGCAUCCCCGCCACGAAGCCCAAUUCACCCGCUUCCUAACUCACGCAGGCCUCUCCAGACUCUCAUCGACGCCAGACGAGAUUCUACCAGCCCUUCGCGCCCUGCCCCUUGACAAACUCCUCCGGGCCUCGCUAGCUACCUGGUCAGAGUGCGCCCCCUCGGUCCAAUGGCCCUUUCAACCAUCCAUCGAGGAAACCACCAGCAACUACAACAGCAGCAGCAGCAGCAGCAGCAUAAUCCCCCUCGCCCCAAUCAAGACCUGGACUUCGCCCACACUCCUCCUUCCCCUCCCGCCCCUCCUAACAGGCUUCAAUACCUCCGAAGGCACCAUGUUCGUGCCCGCAACAGCCUCUUCCCCAACAGCCCUCUCAGACUUCUUCUCCGCCCUCAUCCCCGCCCUCUCCGCCGCAGACCUCGCGACCCUGGAGAGCCUGUACCCUCCGCCGUCGACGUACCCGCCUCCACCGACCGCCUCCCACGGUGCCCAGUUCCGACGGCUGGCGCAGGCCUACGGGCACUACGGGUACAUUGCCCCGCUCCUCCACUCGGCGCACUUCGCCUCCAAGAAGAAGUCGGCCGGGGAUGCUGGCGCGGCACCGGUCUGGGUAUACGAGUACGCCGCGCACGCGGACCUCGCCGCCGCAAACCACGGCGACCACGUCCCCGCCGCAACACACGACACGAACAUCCUCACCCCGCACAAGACGCCCGGCCUGCUCGCCGUCUCGGACGCAAUGCACGCCCACUGGUCCUCCUUCGCCACGACCUCCGACCCCAACGCCGUCGCUACCAGCCACGACAACCCGGACCUAAACUCAAACGACGUCGCCUGGCCCCCCUUCAUCUCGCCCUUUGGCGACACCGCCGCGGACGACUACAUCCCGCGACCGGCAGACGACCCCACCGAGACGAGGGGCAAGAUCCUCGUCUUUGGCGAGGGCAACGACGAGCUCAUGGGCCGUCUGGGCCAGCGGCGCCGGGGCACCGCGGCGCGCGUGCGGACGCUGACCGAGGCCGAGGUGAGGCAGUUCCGGUUCUGGUGGGAUCGGAUCGGGCUGAGCGAGGGUAUGGGGGUUGUUGAAGAGGAGGGGUCCAAGUUGUAGGAGAAUCUGUUAUAGACCAGUCGAUUGUUAGUGGGAAAGUUCGUGUUACCCAGGUACAGUCUCUUCGCUUAGGUCGCUUAUAGUGAAACGGCACGAUAAAACGAUAUGAAUGCAAGAGUAGAUUGACAAAG